CUAUAUCACUCAUUAGUCGUUCGGUUAUCCCGGGGGUUUUUUUUCCAAAAAUAGUGGAACCGGGAUUGUGAAGAAUUCGCUGUGAGAGCUCCAAGACGCCAAGAGGGCAUCCUUUUCCCCCCCAAGUCCAAAAAGGGCCGAGUUGUUGCAGCAGAGGGAAGAGAGCAUCUGUCACCCACAGUUCUUGGAACCUUCCACGGAACCUUUGGAGAAGGGCAUUGCUUGGUCUUGUUCCCGAGAGACAGAAAGAUUUAUUUUCUCCUGUUCACCCUUUUCUUCCUUCCCUCUUCUUCCCUUUCUCUCUACAAAACUUUAUUCUACUUUCGUUCUUGUACUACACGAGUAAAAGAGUCUCGGUGUGCAAUUGUCGGAUUGUGAGCUCAGUUUACUUCACUGUCGUUCGUUCAUCGAUUCGUUCAUUCUCACCGUCACUACUGUUAGCAACCUGUUUUUCGGUUCGCCUGCUUCUGGGGCCCCAGGAAAACGUUUACCUGCUUUUUUUAGUCUUUGCAGAGCAAAACAGAUCUGGGAACGUCACACCGCCCACGCAACGUUGCACCCGUGUCGAGUAAGGGGUGGGAGAGAGCGUGAGCGGAGGAGGGAAAUCUAUUGGGACAACACCUUUCCACCUUUGUUGUCCGGGAGAAUAAUAUCAAUUGUCGUCGUUCGUUUUUUUUCCGGGGUAACACCACCAUCAUACAAAGGAGAAGGAGAAAUAGGAGGGAGGACCUAGCCUUUUUGCACUCGUUAACAGUCAACUUAUUCCGUUUACCAGAGUUCGGGACCCCUUCCCCCCGCUUUUCUCUUUGAGGCUCCAUCCCUCGUUUUUUACCUUAUAAAACACUAUCCUUGGUCCUGCAAAGAACCGUUGCCGAAUUACCAAGUUAUGGACUCUUGCUUCCUCGAUAGUCUGGAGCAUCUGGCAAAACGACAGCACGAAUCCAAUGAUACACUCAAGAAGUUCCUGGAUCUCGUCCAGUCACCCUUUAGGCAAUCCUUUACAACUGAAGCUUUCUUCGCAUCUUUGGGUACUUCGCUAGGGAUCUCUGCGGCUAUACUAUUGGGCUGGUGUUUGAUUCGACCCUACAAUACCGUGGUAUACGCUCCGAAGUUACGGCACGCGGACGACAAACGUGCACCUCCACAGAUUUCAAAAGGAUGGUUUUCCUGGUUUCGACCUCUUGUUAAGUGCCAUGAGUCGGAUUUGGUGGACAAGAUAGGGCUUGACGCCGUUGUUUUUCUACGGUUCUUGAGGAUGUGUCGGACGAUAUUCUUCUUCCUGGGGCUUAUCGGGUGCUUGGUCAUGAUUCCGGUGAACGUUAGUUGCAACCUCAAGAAUAGUUGGAGUGGAUCAUAUGCCAGCUCGACUCGGUGGUUCAUUCUCAUGAGUCCAUAUUAUGCCUGGGGGAAGUGCAUGUGGGCCCAUGUUUGCGUCGCUUGGCUCUUUGAUUUCAUCAUCAUGUACUUUUUGUGGAGGAAUUAUAAGGCCGUCCUGAAGCUACGGCAGAAUUACUUUGAGAGUGAUGAGUACCAAGUAUCCACGCAUUCAAAGACAUUGAUGGUCACGGAUAUCCCGAAAUCGUAUCGCUCUGAUGACGGAAUUGACAAGAUAAUUGGGGGAUUAAGUAUUCCCGAUAAUGGGGACGGAAAGUCAUUGAUUGGUAGAAAUGUCAAGGACCUCCCGGAACUUAUUGAGGAGCAUGCAACUGCUGUUAAGCAGCUGGAGAGUUACCUGGCAAAAUACUUGAAGCACCCUGAUAACCUUCCUCCAACACGGCCUUUGUGCAAGCCCUCGAAAAAAGACAAAUCUAUGCGCCAUGAUACCAAGGUUGAUGCUAUCGAGUAUUAUGGGGGCCGUAUCAAGGAGCUGGAGGAUAGGAUCAAAAAUGUCCGCGAAACCAUUGAUAGUCGGGACGCCCUACAGUAUGGUUUUGUGUCCCACCCGAGCAUUUCCCGUGCGCAUGUUGCUGCCAAGGCGGCCAGAGGGAAGCAUCCCAAAGGAACUUCGAUCAUGCUAGCCCCGAGGUCAAACGAUAUCAUUUGGGACAAUCUGACUCGCCCAAAAUCGAAGAGACGUUGGAAUAGUUUUAUAGGAAAUGUGCUAUUCAUUGGAUUGUCCAUCCUUUAUGUGGUUCCUAACGCGCUCAUCGCUGUUUUCCUGUCGAAUUUACAUAACAUUGCAGCGCUGUUUCCCGAGUUUAACAGCCUUCUGAUACGGAACAGUCGGUUCUUUGCUGUUGUACAGGGUUUCGCCGCACCGACAAUCACUUCAAUCGUCUAUCUCCUUCUGCCUAUUAUUAUGAGACGUAUUUCUCAAUGGCAAGGUGACCUCACAAAAUCGUCCCGAGAGCGUCAUGUCACUCACAAGUUGUAUAUCUUCUUUGUGUUGAACAACUUGGUCGUCUUUACAUUGUUCGGGACGAUGUGGACUACAAUUCAAGGCUUGGUUGAGACAUCACAGAAAACGCAGGUUACAUGGGACACGAUCAAAAACCUUGGGCUGGCUACUAGAAUUGCUCUUGCGAUUUUUGAAGUCUCUACUUUCUGGAUCACGUACCUACUUCAGAGGAAUCUAGGAGCUCUGCUUGACUUGGCCCAGAUAGUCAGUUUGAUUGGAAAAAGCUUCCAGAGACAUUUCAUGUCACCUACGCCUAGAGAGAAGAUCGAGUGGACUGCUCCACCUCCAUUCGAUUACGCCACUUAUUACAAUUAUUUCUUGUUCUAUGCGACAAUCGCAUUGGCCUUCUCCACCACUCAACCACUUGUGUUGCCUGUUGCGUUCUUAUACUUUCUCAUCGAUAGCUUCUUGAAGAAGUACCUGCUCAUGUACAUCUUUGUCACCAAGGUCGAGAGUGGGGGUGCAUUCUGGAGGUUUCUUUUCAACCGCUUUCUGUUCGCAGCUGGUCUUUUCAAUGUCGUUGUAGCCUUGGUUGUCUGGGUACGACACACCUAUCAAGCUGCAUUGUGCGUUAUUCCGCUGCUCUUCAUCUUGAUUGGGUUCAAGUUCUAUUGCCGCAAUCAAUUUGAUGGCAAGAUCCGAUAUCACACUAGGGGCUCUGACAGGGAGAGCCUUUACGGUGUUGGAAAGGGGAUCCAGAAGGAUCAUUUCAAUAAGCGAUACGGCCACCCAGCAUUGAACCGCCGCCUGAUCACUCCUAUGGUCGACGCUAAAGCUAGACAUGUGUUGGCACAAAUAUACUCUGGGAGAAUAAACUCUGAGCCCUCUCAGGGUGCUGGUGGUAUCAGCCUGGAUAACAUGCAUCGAGGAGACGCCGGUAGAAGACAGGAUCCCUUUGGUGGUCGGUUCGAAAUAGUUGAGGAAGCGGAUAUGGACUUUGAGCACUUUAGGCAUAGGGCUGAAUUUGCAGAGGAUCAUGGGGGAUCAAUAUAUGGAGUAGGGUCGGACGGUCUCAGCGACCGUGGAUACAUUACACCUCGUGGGUUUGGUUCUCCGGCUUCGUCUAGACCAGCUUCUCCGUCAACCCGGCCACGGAGGGGCCUGAGCCCUCUUCCAUUAGGGGGCGGCUACCGUGGAACCGACUACGCUCCUGUUCCAUCUGCCCAACACGGCCCACCAUCACCAGGUUUCCGACACGGCCACCGCCCCGAGAGCCCAUAUAUGAGCGACAGAGGCCUCGCAAGCCCAGAGCCAAUAACGGACUACGGUCACCACGAUACUAGAAGCGAAACCGAGUCGGUCAGGCAUUUGCUCAGUGACCAGCAACACUACGAACAAACCCGCAGCUCGCAGAGCAUAAAUAGGCCGGGUUCAUCGCAUCUAGGCUAUAAUCCGGACUACCCGGAGCAAUACCCACAGCCACGUUACGACGGCUACGACGGAUACAGAGGGCAUAGAUGAAAGAAGAAAAAGGAGGAAAAAAACUGCUUGGGUUGGGAAUCUUGGGCAGAUUAUACACCGGACGGUUUAAUGACUUUUACAUUUCUUGUACAUCUUUUUUAUACCAUUUGUCUUCCUGCUUAGUCGGCCUUGUAGGAAAGGUCGGGGAAGUUGAUUGAUUGAUUCUGUUUGUUUUUUUUCUUUUUUCUUUUUUCUUUGGAGUAGGGGCAUCCAGAUUUUAUCUUUAUCCUUAUUUUACUUUCGGUGUAAAUGAGUACUUUUCGCUUUCUUCUCUACUCGGGUACUGUACGGUACAGCGGUUGGUAUUAGAACAAUCGGAUAAUGGAAUUUAGACUGUUGGGGCUAAGGCACUCAUUAUCGGGA